UGCGGGCAAGUUCAAGUUGGAUGAUAGUAAAGAAGCGUCUGGAAAGGAAUCCUAACGCGUGAGGUGAACAACGAACGCUCCCCAAUCCAUUCUCUCACUUUUUCUCUUUUUCUUUUUUUAGUUUUCUCUUCCGAUUCCCAAACUUGCGAUUUUCCACCGAAUUUCGAUCCUCAGGUCAGUUUCACUCCUAUCUUUGGUUAGUUAGUCAUUUAGUUACUUCUCGUUUUCUGAUUUCUCGUUUUGGUAACUUUUUUUUUUCCUUUUUCAUCUCUGGUUUUGUAUGGUAUCGUUGUUUUAGUUGAUGAAUAUGAAAAUUAAGUCUGAAAAAGAAAGAUGUCUUCUGCUGAGCUUCACGCUAUUCUUCUUCUUGAUGGUUUAAUUUAUAGUUAUUCCAACGGAAAUUAGACACAAGUGCUUCUAUUUUGCAUCCUGCUUUAGAAUUCGUUAUUGUUACAGUAGUUAUUAUUUUUCCGUAACAAGCUAGUUGUUAGCAUCGCUGCAUGGUUUAAUUGAUGUGAUAUUUAUUUAUUUUUAAAUUGUGAUUUGGUCGUUAGGCGCUUUCAAUUGUAGUGUAACAUAGCAAUCCGGUUGGUGCAAUAUUUCGGAAGUAAGGAAAUGGUGAAAAUGAACUUCUGGUUCUUUGAAUUUCUGUGUAUGGCUCGCUCAGUUUUUUUUUUUUUUUUCAGAAGCCAGAUUUAUUCCGCUAUAUCUUAAUGUAUAUAUUUGUAGUAUAAGUUGCUAAAUGAGUUGAAAUUGCACGAAGUUUAUAAUAUUUAGGGUUCUGCUUCGUGCUUAAAGUUAAGAGGAAGGCAACGGUAGCUGAUUGGCAUGAGUGCCUUCUUUCGAGAGAAGGGGAAUGGAAUUCUGGGCCUAGCAGAAGUUUAACAUAACAAUGAUAAUUAUAAGAAUAUCCUUUGCGAAUGUGUUGUGUUGUCAAAUUGGUUUGUAAUUGGUGAAGGUUUUGGCAAGGCUCUAAUUUGUAGCAUUGAAUAAUGUUUGAAGAGCUGUGGAAACGUGAAACAGGAACAGUUUGGAUCCUGUUUUAUAAUUAUAAGGUCGUGUACCUAGAAUUGUAGCUGUAGUGUCAGCUCUGUAUUUCUUGGACUGAAAACACUAGUGAAUUUAUCUAUACUAUUUGACAAAUUAGUUUUAUGCUCAAAAUUUCCAAAUUUGGUAUGACGAUAGUCAACAGCGAUAAUGAGAUCGGUAUUGGUAUUGGUAAUUUCUGAUGGAUAUUGAUGUUCGUGUACUACCGAUGAGGUGGUGGUGGUGAUACUAGUGCCAGUUGGUCAUUUCUCAAGAGUCACAACAACAUAUAGUGUUAACCUAAACAUUUAAGAAUUCACUGAUGGUAGCUGUUGCUAUCAUUGAUCACUUCUAUUCAUAAUUUCUAAAUGCAGUGGAUAUGAAAGUGCUGAUUGACCUAGACACUGUUUCAGUGAUUUUUCAAACUUAUGACUUAAGCUAAGUAUUAUGUUUGGUGCAUAUUGUGAUUGAGAAGCCUUCUUUGAUGACAGAUACUGUUAAAGAAAUAUGACAUUGGGUCAAGCAGUUGAAUGUAUCUUUAGUGGUGGAUAAAGGGUCUCAGAGAGGAAUGUCAAACAUCUGUAUGUACCACUACGAGGUAUAAAAUAUUGUAGUUAAAUUCAACCCCAGUAUUUGAAAUAUAAUAAAUAUUCUUGUGCCAUACUAUGCCCAAACAUCAAAAUGCUUGUAUUAAUUGUCUACACUUGAAAUUCCAAUCUUUAUGUAGUGCAGAAUAUAUAGCUGGCCCUAAUUCCUUUCCUUGUAAGAUGUCAAGGUACAAUGACAUUUGUAUUGAGUUACCUAUUGACUCUACUCUUUUAUAGGUUCCAAUCUUCUGCUUGAGUUCAAGCAUGAAUAUAUUUACCCCUAACUUGUUAAGAUAGUUGGAAACUGUCUCUAACCCAAAAAUAGUGAACUCUUUUUACUUUAAUGAUCUCAUCUCACAGCAUUAAAUAGAGAUUAACUUCUCUUUUAUUCUGACUAAAAUAAUUUACCAUGUUAUUAGUGUGUUUCACCGUUUAAGCUUCCCGUUUAGGUGUUCAUUUCUCAUUAAAAUCAUGGUUCAAUGCAAGCAGACUUGUCUUUCUGAACAUAAGUGCCAUUUUCUGUGUUGACCAAACAAUUUUCUCUUCUUCUUUUAUAUACUCAAUAACUGAGAUAACAAUAUUGGUUAAAAACUUUUCAGCAUAAUUAGAGACUGUUUUUCUUCCUGUGACAUGUUCAUAAACGUCGUUCCUGUCAUUGGUAGUCCAGUGACGUCACAUCUUUGGCAUUGUUCCCUAGAGUUUCAUAUCUGUAUUCAUCAUUCUAAAGCAAUGAAGUCAACAUUGAGCAGUUUUGGUGAGCUGGAGGAAAUGUGACAAGUAUCCUUUACUAUGGCUAAUGCUCAGUGGCAGAUCUUGGUGAUAAGUGAAGAUUGCUCCUUCGUUACUCAAAUAAUGUGAACUACUCUGUAAUGUUAUUGAUGAUAUCACUAGUUGGGCUUCAUUAGAUGUUUUCAUUGCAGUGCUAAUAUUAUUUCUGAUUAAAUAUCACUUUUAUACGCAAAUGGACUUUUGGUCUGUAGCAUAAUCUUAUUAUCAGGCUGUGUUGUGCAAUCCAAGUUCAAAAGAGCUACAGACGAAGAAGUGGCUUGGUAAUUAUUAAUAAGACUACAGAAACACCUCUUGAAAAGCUAGUUGUUGAUUGCAGUGGGUGUAGCUGGUGUUACUGUUAAUGUGAAGUAUACAGUACUUGUUAAAUGGUAAAUUUGAAACUUAAAUUUGUAUAACUUUCGUCCUACUUUUUGCUUACAUCAACUCCACUUUUGUCCUUAUUUGCAUGGUUCUUGAAGUACUACAUGUUAACUAAUCAUGUCUGAGUUAAGCUUCCUUUAGGUUCAAUUUGAAUCUUGGAUGACAUGUGGUUCAUGUCUUCUAUAGUGGAUUUUUUACCAUAAAGUUAUUCCAAAACCCUUCUUGCAGGGUAAAGUGGCUCUUUUUUCUGAAUAACAGAACAGCUUUUGGAUUUAUUGUUAUUUCUUGUUUCCCUUUUCCUGCUGAUAUCGGCAGAGUGGUGGAGCUUGUAUUAGUAGGAGCUUUAGCAAAAUUAUAAACCUGAUGUUUGCUAUUUCUCUUUUUAUCCGGUUUCAUGCCAUGCUUUUAUGGAUUUCUCACAUUACGUCAUGUCAGGUUACUGUUAGUAAUUUGUUUAAUAUGUGUCUUUCUGUUACAGGUUGAAGAUAAUGUGUGGGAUGGAUUUGGUGAUAAUAGUGAUCACAUAGUGCCUCAUGCUGGUGAUAAAUAUAAUAAUCAGUUUGUAAUACAGGGAGAUAGCUGCAAGAAAUCAAUUCCUGAAUUACAUAUCAGAAGUAGGGAUUAUGUGAAUAGCUAUGGUACUCAGGGUAGAGAGGAAUUAUAUUUAAAAAAUAUGACCCAAAAAGAAAGAAUGCUGGAAAAGGAUUCAUGGUCUAACACGCCUGAAGGUGUGUUUUCUUCAUGCAAUAGUGAGUCAAGCAAAGAAGCCAAAAGGCUAACAUCAGAUGACACAGGCAUGUCCGAUCACUGUUUCAAGAGCAGCAAUUUAGAUUCUGGUGGUUGCGAGCUCUGUGCUGAUGAUAGUAUCUUGGGAGACAAGUGUUUGGUGGAAGAUGAUAGUGUCUGUCAAUACCCAAUCAAUCACAUAUCCCAGGCUGACAACGAACUCAGUUUUCUUGAUAAUGAUGGGUGGCUCGAUAUAGGAAAUUUUGAAGAUGUUGACAGGAUGUUAAGUUGUGAUUUAACUUUUGAAAUUGGAAGUCUCAAUAAUGAAGAGCAGUUCUGCUGGCUUUCCUCUUCUCAUGGCGCUGAUGGUUCUGAUGACUUCAAGUUUUCAAGUGCAGAAAUGAGUCCUUUGAAAAGUAUAUCAGAUUAUAAUAUGGAUUCCAAGGAAAAUAUUGGAGGUGUUCCAAUCAAUGAUUCCAACAAAAGAUCAGCUCCUGUUGAUGAAAAAGUCAGGUCUCAAAUCGAUGUUAUUGACAAUGGUGUCCCUGCUUCAUUAUUAUCAAUUAGUGAAUCAGACAUGAAAUCUGCUAAUAUAUAUGACUUGCUUCCCAGAGAAAAGCUGCAGAGGAAAGUGCCAAAACCAUCAGCUGGAAGGCGAAAAAAUAGUGGUUCUGUUCAUCCUUAUGCUCCUCCUGAGCAAUAUGCAGAUUUUGGAGCUUCUUCCAGUGGGGUUACUUCACUUGAUAGCAUCCAGAAACAUAAGCUGAACAUGGAAUCUGAUUCUUUAGGCUGUAUACAGACACAAAGUCCUAUAACACACCCAGACCAUAGUCAUGCUCCAAAUCAUGCUUCUAUCUUUCCAACUUUCUCUGGAUCAAGAUCUGAGCUUGAUGGACGUCUGUCUGCUUCUCUUAAAGAAUCAUCUUAUGCAUCGAAUGUGGAGAGUUCUCAUGGUCAUUCUUUCGAGGCUGCUGCCUUGAAAACAAAUGAGAAGAGAGAAAAAUUGCAUCAUUGUUGUGAUGGGCCCCCAUUAUGUCGGAGUUUCAAAAAUGAAAAUAUGCCUAAUCAAAUGCCAUUUCACAGUCCAGGUUCAGCUCAGCAUGUAGGUCAUCAGUUUGAAAAUGAAAAUGAAGGUCAUAGUGAAGUUCAAGAAGUUAGUGUAGGAUUUUCACCAGAAAUAGACUCAUCAACAGUGCAGGAAAGCUCAUCCAUGAGCUCUGCUCUGGACCAAGCCUCUCGUGAAGCAACUAGCUUUUGCCACCUGCAACAUAUCAUGGAUCAGUUGGAUAUUAGAACCAAACUGUGCAUAAGGGACAGUCUAUAUCGCUUGGCUAAGAGUGCUGAGCAAAGACAUAAUAAUUCAAGCGCAAAUGGUUGUAUCGGAGAUGAUGAAACGUGCAAAGCAAUGAUGGUACAGGAUGCAAACAGGUGUACCGGAUUCAUGGAUAUGGAAACUGACACAAACCCCAUCGAUCGGUCUGUAGCGCACUUACUGUUUCACAGGCCCUCGGAUCCAUCAAUGUUGCUUCCUAACGAAACUAUACCUCCCAAAUCCAGUCCCACGAUACAUGGAUCAGUGAUCAAUCCACCACUAAAGACUGAGAAACAGGUCUGUCAGGAAGAUUCUUCUACUGGAGUGGGAAAAAUUUGUUUUUAGGGGGUAACGCCUGGUGAAAGUGAAACCAGUGUCGGCGCAUUUCGUUGUACAAUUCAUACUUUUCAAGUAUAUGAUGAUGUAUAAUUAUUUCGGGCUUACUCAGAUCCCUUUGUUAAUCUGUGAUUCAUUGUUGCAUUGGAUGUCUUAAUGCUGAUGUAAAUUUCUGCUAAUCAUCAUAAGGUAGCAUAUAUGACGAUUCAGAUUAAUGCUACGCUCACAACUGUUUUCAUCGGAAGGAUCACAAUUACCUUGCGCAUUCCACGGUCAGUCAUCAAAAUAAUUUGAGACUAUAGUUACUUGACUGUACCAUUUUCUGUGGAAAUCUUGUUUUUUCAAGUGACAAGACAGUGAAGAGAGGUAGAUGACCAUGAAUAGAACUUUGCAAAUUUCAGUGAACCUUUAUUUUUCUCC